GCGCGGCCGCGCUUCCUGCUGGAGCUCAGCGCGGAAAAUAGCGAUGAGGAGAAAACAGUGGGAGCAGCGGAGCGGCUAAAUAUUCCAGAGUUUUCCCGAUUAUUCCUCAGUAUUCCCGACACAUGGAGCGGUGACCGGGCGCGGGUCCUUAUCAGCGCGGCGGGGGAUUGAUCUGGAGCGCGGGAGCGGGGGGGAGAGACCCGCCGCGGCGCUGAAACAGUGCAUUUCCCGUUAGCUUUAGCGUUAGCUUAGCAUAGCUCUACGUGCUAGCUGGCUAACUGCUUGUUGCUAAGGGCUAGUUAGCUAACUGGCUAAUAAGGAGAGAGAGCUAGUGAGUGGUCGAGAGAGAGGUAAAGAGAGUGCAGGAGAGAGAGAGGGUUAAAAUUAAAGGUUAUUAGUAGCUAACGCAGAGUUAGCUUGGUUAUUUGUCUGUAUAUUUAAGUUACACACACUUAAGGCAAAGGGCCUGCUUGAUAUACACACACACUCACGCGCUCCCACGCUGCAUGUGUCUGGGGGAGUGAAGGAUAAAAACAUUAAACAGAAGCCCUGGAGUAAAGGAGGAAAGAUGUCGGCCCAGGCGCAGAUGAGAGCCAUGCUGGACCAGCUGAUGGGAACCGGCCGCGACGGAGACAGCAUGCGUCAGCGGAUCAAAUUCACUGAUGAGAGAGUGUGUAAAAGUCAUCUCCUGGAGUCCUGCCCUCAUGAUAUCCUGUCAGGCACACGUAUGGACCUGGGGGAGUGUUUAAAGGUUCAUGAUCUCGCUCUGAGGGCAGACUAUGAGAUCGCCUCCAAACACCAGGAAUACUUCUUUGAAUUGGACGCUGCCGAGCACUUACAGUCGUUUAUUGCAGACUGCGACCGAAGAACUGAACUGGCCAAGAAACGACUGGCUGAGACGCAGGAAGAGAUCAGUGCAGAAGUUGCUGCAAAGGCGGAGCGGGUUCACGAGCUGAAUGAGGAGAUCGGGAAGCUGCUGGCUCGAGCUGAGCAGCUGGGUGGAGAGGGGAAUGUGGACGAGGCUCAGCAGGUCCUGGAGAAAGUGGAGAAAACGCGAACCCUCAAAAAAGAGGCAGAGGAUAUAUACCGAAACUCAAUGCCAGCCUCCAGUUUCCAGCAGCAGAAGCUGAGGGUGUGUGAGGUCUGCUCCGCCUACCUCGGUCUCCAUGACAAUGACCGUCGCCUCGCCGACCACUUUGGCGGGAAACUGCAUCUGGGGUUCAUUGAGAUCCGGGAGAAGCUGGACAAGCUGAGGAAAGCAGUGACAGAGAAGCAGGAGCGAAUGCGGACGAAGAGGAGGGAGGAGAGGGACCGGGAGGAGAGGGCGGAGCGAGAGAGGGAGUGGGAGAUUGAAAGAGAGCGGGAACGUGAGCGAGAGAGAGAAAGAGAGAGGGAGCGAGAGAAAGAAAGGGAACGAGAAAGAGAGCGAGACCGGGACCGCAGAAGGUCGAGAUCAAGAAGUGGAGACAGAUACAGGGAUGGAGGGAGCUCCUCUCAUCGCUCUCGGCGGCAUCGCUCGUCUCGCUCUCGGGACCGAGACCGAGAGAGGAAACACAGACACAAAGAGCGGCACCGCUCACGCUCGCACUCACACAGGAGGAAGAAGAAAAGGUCCUCACACACCAGAGAACGGGAGCGUUCCCCGUCGCAGGAGAGGCCGAGGGAGUUUCCGAACGAGGAGAGAUGGAGGGAUGAGGGACGGAGGGACGUGGAGAGAGAGCUGGGCGAGAGGGAGAGGUCGCCGCCGUCGUCCCCGGAGGCGGGAAGACUGAAAGGGAGAGAUAGAUCCGUCUCGCUGGAGAGAGAGAACCGCUCCAGCUCUGAGGAGAGAGAGUCCGGAGAGAUAUAGAAUAGAGAGAAUGAACGAGUGAAAGAGAGAGAGAGCGAGAGCACAGUCACUAUAACUUUACAUGGCUCGCUGUGUCUGUGUUCAUUACUGUGUGUUUAGCUAAUGUGUCACUCACUGGAUGGACUUAAUUUACCAAAAAAGCAAAGAAGUAUACUUUUGCCAUCCUCAUGCCCCGCCUACUAAUGCGUUCUUUUAUAUAGCAACAGUUGCUUGAUAUUACCAUUUCAGAAACAUAGUUUAAAUCACUGAUAACAUCUGCUUAAAAAACUCAUGGGCAGUUUAUAGUUUAAUUUUUUUGGGGACAUGUUUUGGCUGCUGCGCCUGCGCAGAUCUCCACAGCGAGGGGAGGCUUCCCCACCAGCACUAGUACGCUGACUCUCCUCGCUUUCAGGACUUUAUUUUUGAAUGGACGCCAUGGUUAGCAUUGUCUCAUUAAUAUAACAUAAUAUCUCUGUUAUAACAUGCCUUCAUACAAUUAGCUAUACCAUUUCAAACUGGCAGAAACAUAAUUCAUAGAUAUUUAUUAUUUUUAUUAUUUUUGACCUUAAACAAAUUUAAGAUAAAAUAAUAUAUGUAUAAAUUCAAACAAGACUUUAUUACCACCAUUGGUGCUUAUCUUGGAAAAUCAAUUGGUCCAGGUUUAGGGGUCUCAUCCCAAUAAUUAUAAUUACAACUCCCAUAAUUCAUGUUUCACCUUGCCAGGAGAAUGCUCCCCAGUGUUUGACCUUACUCACAAGAUAGCACCUCACAGCCUACAGAUAUGUCCAGAUAGUCCUAAGUUGUUCCCUUAAGAUAACACGUCUUCAUGAUUAUCUGUGUAAACUUUUAAGACUAAUUAAACCAAUAGAAAUGGCCCAAAUUGAAAGGAGUUGGAGUUAAGGCAUAUAAAUGUAAUCUUAUUGAAUGAAAUCCACCUUAAAUUUAAGAAUGUGCAUUUUUUUUUUCUCUUAUCCUCUAAAGUUGCAAUUUUGGAGAUACAAGGCUUUGGAUGACAGAUGAUCCCCCUUUUCCACCUACAAUUAACAGGAUUCUUUACACAAGAAAUCAAAUGAACCAAAGUUUAUAUCAGUUAAAUCACAUUUAGUGCCUGAAGUUUCUUUGUUUAUAUGUAGAGGUGGGUAACAAUCCAGGUCCAGAAAGUAAAAAUCCGUUCCAUGUUUUUGUACCAACUGCCUUGGGGGCUCAGUUGCAGCAGAGCCAGAUCUGGGCUGGUUGGUACAAAAACAUGGGAUGGAUUUUUACUUUCUGGACCUGGAUUAUUACCCACCUCUAGUUUUUAGGUACUUUUUCCUUUUGCACUUGAGCUGUGAGGCUAAUGUUGCUAGCACAUUAUUAAAUAGACUUAAUGCAAUUGAUUGUAUCAGGUUACAUUAGCGUCAAAGCAUCAAGUGGUCUAGAUUUGGAGAAAAGUAUUAUUGGUAAAUGAUCUGAAUUAGAAUUAUUAAUGUUUAGCUUGCUUCCCAUCCAUCCAUCCAUUCAGUGAGUCACAAAUUAGCGAACACACACUGAUUACUGAACUAAAGCCAGACUAAGCCAGUCAAAAGUUUGUGUGUACCUGUGCUCAGGUGUGUGUGUAUGUGUGUUUAGUGAGGGAAUGAUUAAAAAAUAAAUAAAGCAGCAUUGGGUGAAAUGGCGGGUGCCUCAAUAAAACGACGGUUUUCGUCUGAAGUUUAUGCAUCAGAAAUGAAAGAAAACGAACGAAGAACCAACCAAAGGAGUCGGAGACGUCCAGCCCGUUUCGCUUCAUGUUACAGUGAGUUAUUAGAGGAGUAAAACCCCCACGGAGAGGCGGAGCUACCACUGAAGCUGUGUAUUUUCUUUAAAAACAGCAAAAAAAAUUACAAAAAACACAAGUGGUGUAUUUUAUUUUUUCUCGUUUUUGUUAUUAUUGUUAUUGAACAUUGACUGUUGAUCAUCACUGUUGAUGCUUAUGAUGUUUAUGCAGCUGCUGUGAGGCUGGACUCACUGGUUACCGAGCCGAUCGCUUUAUAUUAUUAAGUACCGAAGCUCUUUAGAGGUGACUUUUCUUCACUUGACUGUCUGAGUGCCUCCUUAAAGGAACUGUUAAUUAAUUUCCCCCCUUUAAACCGAUAUGUUUAUUUAUCCGGAUGAUAUAAAUUUUUUUGCGCAAUUAAAUUGUUUGAAAAACUUUAAAGUAAUUCAGAGUAAUUUGGUAUGAAGGGUUAUAGAGAGUUGUAAUAGAGAAAUGUGCAGCUUAUAUUAAUUACCAUCCACUACCAUUAACUACCAGUGAAUCUGUCAACUUAAGGAGCUAAAAAUCGACACUGGCUCUCAACUAUUUAAAUAUGCAUAAUGUAUAUGUUUACCAAAUACACAUUUAUUAAUUACACCAUUAAGUAUUUUGAAAUGUAUGUAUUGAAGUCAGGUAAAGUUUGCUGUUACAAAAAAAAAACAUUUUAAAAUAUCUUAAAGUAGUUUUUUUUUUUCCUCCCCAUCCAUAAAUUCACCUCUGACCUAAAUUCAUAUUUGAUUCAUAAGUUUUGAGUCAAAUAGAUUUGAAUGUACCUAAAUAUCUUAUCUAGUUUUUUUUCUUCAGCAGCUAAUUUUACCUCUUCACAAGUUUAAAACUAAUAUAUACAUAUGAAUUACACCAUAAUAUAUUACAAUAAUUAUAUGUUUAUCAUAAAAAUGCAGAUUGAAGUACUUGGGUCAGCUUUCGAGCGCCAUACUACCACCACCAUGUUUAUAUACAGUGUUACAGAGUGUUAUACUGUAUGUAUUGGUGGUUCUAAAAUUGUGGUGGGUCUGGGGCUUUGCAAAUUCAAAAUUAAUAAAUAAUAAUUCUAAAGUCAUUCCUAAAGUUCAUUUUCCGAUUUUUAAAGAUUCAGAUAUGUUUUUGAGGCCCGUUCACUUUAUAAUCCAAAACUACGCCAUCAGGAUUCGUGCGGUUUUGUGAAUUUUUCAGAUGUUCAGAUGAAAUUUCCCCUCGUUCGCUUGUUAACCAUCUGGCUCCAGUUUCAUAGAGUGACACCCAGUUUUGUUUUGUUUUUUCAUUAAAAAAAAAACGAAAAAACUUGAGUUUAUGAAUUCAUGCUAUGUACACAAAACCUCCAGCAGCAGUUUACUGUGAAUGCAAGCAUUGUUUUCUGCAGAAACGACAUCACUUCCUUCCAGGCGUAUUUGUACAUUUGGUUACAUCGCAGUGCCGGCUGUUUCUCUUCUUACCAUGUUGUGUGCAGAACUUUUUUCUCUCUUUUUUUUUCCUGUUUUACUUUUAAUUUGCUGUGUUAUAAAGAUAUCUGAUCUGAAAUCUGAUCCUUCCUGCUAUAAAAUUUAAUAAAUCAAAAUUCCAAGUU